AUGAGUGCUUCGGGGGCGGAGAGCUUCAGGCCCCUCUCCGCUCCUCCCAUCGAGGGCCCGUCCCAGCUGCCCUGCCGCCCUCCUGGCCUCCAUCCUCAGCGGCGGGUGCAGCGGGACCUUUUUCCUUUGCCUUUCCCCCAGACUCAGCAAAGUGUUGUCGGGGUGGCCAGGCCCAGCCGCCGAGCGCUGAGGCGCCGGCGCUGCCUGGCGCACGCUGAUGCCUGGGCCGCCGACGGAGUCGCAGUUUUGAAUGAUCUCCACGGUGCUUGUACGCCGCCCUCUGCGCCGAAUGCCCGCCAGCAGCGCGUUCAGAGCCACAUCGUGGAGUCUUGCCAGGGACUUGAUCGCCCCCCGGGGGGCCCCGAUUUUGAACGGGGGGCCCUCAGCGAGCUCCUGUCCGGGACCACUAUCUACGCCUCCGACAGUGGCCCCGUGGUUCCUCAUUCCUUCGAGCGCAUCUCGUGGCCGUCUCGCGACUGUAAGCCAGUGCCUGUCCUAGACCUGCUGUCGCCCGCCGAUGCGUCUGCGUUUAAGGAUUGGCGAGGGGGCCUGCUCAGACCGCCGGCUGAGGCUGCGGCCCUGCGCGCGGAGGCCUGCCCGAGGCGAGCCUAUGUUGACCCUUCCCUCUCGCCCAACCCUUUCGAGUAUGCGAAGUUUCUUUUCCAGGCCCACUCCAGGGGCAUGUUGUCGUUCCAGCCUGCCCGGGGCCAGAAAGGAGCUAUGGGCGUCUUUUGGCCCUGUGGGUUGCCUUGGCCUUCUGCUGCUACCUGA